GCUAUCCAUAUUUUCAAUGAAAACAAAGUCGACGGAAACUUAACAAGGGACCCUCAGGAAGCAUCUCGCCUCCCGUUCUUCCCUCGAAGCAAAUUUCUAGGGUUUUUUUUUUUUCCCUUCCGUUUCGCGCUCUUCGCUCCUCUUCUCGCUUCUCUAUUUUUGAUCGAUGGAGUAGCAGGGCCCGUCCAUGGAAUUGGUCUCGACUGUGAUUCUUCCUCGUGCUCUGGUCGCCAUCUCACUGCUAUGGGAGCCCUAACGGAGAAUCGCAAGCGGCGCCUCGCUGUUGACCUCCGACUGUCUUCCUUCGCCCACCCCGUCUUUGAUCUCGCUUCCGAGCCAUCCCCUCCCUCCAAAAAGAUCAAGCGCAUCUCCCCACCGGUCUCUCUCUGCGCUAUCACGCCUUUGACGCAGGUAGCGCUUACCCCGACCCCCGCGGCGCGAAGCUUCCCUCCUCCUUCUCCUCUUCCGCGCCCCGUCCACGGCCCCCAGCGCAUCCUCAGAGCCUUUGGCCUUGGGUCGGCCAACGGAUCCCGCCUUCUGCCGUCGCCUCUUAAGCCAAAAGACGUAGAGAUGGGUAAUCUCGUGUCGCAGUUCCUCCGAGUGAAGAAAGCUGCCGUCUUUACACCAUGGAGGAUGGGAAAGAGGGACCAGGCGUCUUCUCCGUCCAGUAUGAAUCGGGGUUCGGAUGGUAACGAUGGGAGCCAUGAAGGGUUAGGGUUGGAUCAGUAUGUUCAGUUGGUUAACGACGUGAAAGAUGGUAACUUGGUUCCAGAGACGAGUCACAACAAUGCAGUAUUUCCUUUCUCAAAAUCUGGUUUGUCAGACCUGAGAAUUGUGACACAGAAAUCUGAGGAGACGCCCAACCUACAUUUAGUAAAUCGCAAGGUAGAGGAUGCCAGAAAACUUCUUCGCAAAUCCUCUCCAGCAAGAGAGGAUAAAACAUCAGUCAAGAGAAGUCCUUUGUAUAAAGAGCUGUACGUAGAGUCUGCUAGAAAACAUGAUACAAAGCUGAGGAACUUGGACCUUGAGGUGGAGUUGGCUGAGAAGAGGAUAUCUUCCUUCCGCUUGAUACACCAUGAGGAAGAGAAGCAAUUCGAAGAGGAUUUAAAAGAAGUUUUUUCCCCACUCACGAAUGAAGAAGAGGAGGAAGUUGACCAUGCAUUGAAUGAUAAAAACAGUUGUGAAAUCCUAGUUGUACAUGAGCCCUCUAACAUUGAGAUAACCAAAAAGGUUUUGCAUUGUUUAAGCUGGAAUGAUUGGUUAAAUGAUGAGGUCAUAAAUCUCUACCUUGAAUUAUUGAAGGAGAGAGAGAAAAGAGAACCUAAGAAAUUUCUGAAAUGCCAUUUCUUCAACACUUUUUUCUAUAAAAAGUUGGUAAGCGGAAGAAAUGGAUAUGACUACAAGGCUGUAAGGAGGUGGACAACUCAAAGAAAGCUUGGAUAUAGCCUUAUUGAAUGUGACAGAAUAUUUGUUCCAAUACACAAAGAAAUACAUUGGUGUUUGGCCGUAAUCCAUGUAAAAGAGAAGAAGCUCCAAUAUCUUGAUUCACUUGGUGGAAUGGAUAUGACAGUGUUGAGAGUACUGGCUAAAUAUUUGAUGGAUGAAGUGAAGGAUAAGAAUGGGAAUCAGAUUGACACUUCAUCUUGGAUAGCACAAGCAGUUGAUGACCUACCUUUGCAGAAGAAUGGGUGGGAUUGUGGAAUGUUCAUGCUCAAGUAUACAGAUUUCUACAGCCGUGGUUUAAACCUCUUUUUUCAGCAGGAAAACAUGCCAUACUUCAGGAAGAGGACUGCCAAGGAGAUUCUUAGAUUAAAAGCUGAUUGAAAGGGGGAAAAUAAUACUGAAUAAGAAGCAAGUUUCGGCAUGAGUUUUAGCUGAAGUCAUCUUCAGAGCAAGUGUGAAAAUGGGAAGAUUUAGUGAACCGUGGAGGCAAAUGAAAAGUACUCUGUUUUGAGAAAUGAACUAACAGUACUCAAGGAGUGUCCGAUAUUGGGAAAAGAUGAAACAGUAUGCACCCAUUGAAUCAUCUCCACAUAUAUAUAUAUACAUAUCGAUUAUAAGAUGUUGCAAAUAUCCUCUCAGCAGAGUUAACGAGCCUUUUUCUGUGAAUCCAUAUUGGUUCUAGGCCUUUUUGUGUGAAUUUGUCUUUCUCUACGUUGUCUUGUCAAGCGACUCAACGAGUAUACAGUCGUCGCAUCAACUGGUUUUGUAAUGAUUAUGAUAUUGCUAGCUUAGAUUUUUUUUUUCCUUCUAUUUUAAAAAUGUGGUAUGUCACACCUAAUUAGAGGAAAAGUGUUGAAGGCUUAAA